AUGGCGACUGCAUCCACAUCCAUUGAACAUCUCCCUACAGAACUAAUUCUUCAUAUUUUUCAGUUUAUACCUAUAAAAGAUUAUCUUGCCGUAUCUUUAGUUUGUAGAAAUUUUUAUCAUGCUACUCAAAGUGAUUGGAUUUGGCAACAACAUUGUAAAAAUCAAUACAACAUCCGUGAGAUUGAGUCAUGGCAAGAUAUCCACACUUUUAAAGAAUUUUAUCAAAAAAUAUUAUAUCGUUAUGGCCCCUUAUUAGGCUUAUGGUAUCGUGUUGUUGAUCCUUAUGGUGGUUUGGUCUGUAUUAAAAUUGAUAAUGGUGCUAUUAUUUGUAAUGAAUAUGUACUACGACGAAAUGAACGUUUGUUAGAAAAUUCGGGUGAAUUUAAUAUUCUACAUCGUUGUCUAUUUAAAAUUAUCCCUUGCUAUGAUGAUAAUAGGAUAUCUACUAAAAUUUUAUCAUUUUCAUUUUUGGGCCAUGAAUGUAUGGGUAACAUUAUCAUCUCUAAAAGAGAUGAAGAACAACUUGUCUUGGAAUUUCAAUUGAAGUGUUUAGAUAGGGAUGAUGUAGCAUUAUCUAUAAUUGCUAUCAAUUCAUUCUCAAAUAGUGAUACAUAUAAGCAGUGGUUUUUAGAAGAGAAUCCUUAUUAUGAUGACGAAGACAUUGUAACGCGUACUUUAUUAGAAAAAAAAUUAUAUGCUAACUUAUUUACUUGGCAAUUAACCUCUUAUAAACGCCUCGUCAGCCUAUCACAGCGAUCUAUUAGUGAAAAUUUUCCAUUGCGUUGCGGCAUCUAUUCUGGCUCUUACGGAGCACACGGUGUUGAGACAUUGCAUGUCUAUAUCGACAAGAAUGAAUUAAUUGGUCAGAAACUAUCUGGUGAUCCUAAUGUACCUGCUGGAAAAGUUAGUAUUAAGGCAUUUCUUGAUAAGCCCGUCACGAGCGAAUCAAUGGACCGACCUUAUGUGUUAAAAGACGGUGGAAAAAUUUUCCCUUUCUCACUACCUGAAGAUUAUACUCAUCGUUCACAUGGUAUACCCUCUCAUUAUUAUGGUGAAUUUGAAGGGGAAGGCCAGAUAGCUUAUCAUGGCUAUAAAGAUGCCAAAUUUAUACCAGGUCGCUUAGUAGUUUUCGAUAAAGAUACCUUUGGUUUCUUAUGGAUGGAAAGAUUAAAGUCAUUUAUUCUAUUUAGAGCUUUGAGUGAUCAAGAUUUAUUUUUAGGCCAAGCUGGAAUCUCAUGGAAGAAUUAA